ACAUUCCUCCUCCGGACAGGACAGCAGGUAUAAAGCCCCGUCAUCAGGAAUGGGACACAACGCUUCUGUAGAGGAACCACCAGCUUUACCAUGAGUCACAGCCCAGACAGGAUGUCUUCCUACCGCCGUCACUUCGAGGGUGGCCUGAGCUCCGCUUCCACGCUUCAGGUGCGGGUCUCCAGCCCUUCACCCACCCGAGGAGCAGUGCGCCACCGCUCUGCCAGCUGCUCCCGCAGGGCGCUCUCCGGGACCCGCAAAUCACGCAUGACCAGUGUGAGUAUGGGAGCGUUGUGUCUGGGCAUGGGUUUGGGGCUAGCUGGAGGCGCAGUGGACCUGGACGCUGCAGCCGCUGAGAACCAGGCUUUCCUCAGCACACGCACCAGUGAGAAAAAGGAGAUGGUCGUCCUCAAUGACCGCCUGGCUGUAUACAUCGAGAAAGUGCGCUCUCUGGAGCAGAGCAACAAGCUGCUGGAGGCAGAAAUCGAUGGCAUUAAGAGCCACCAUGUGAAGCCAUCCGGUCUGCGACUGCUCUAUGAGGACCAGCUGAGGGAGCUGAGGAGGAUUGCUGACCAGAUGAAAGUCCAGCGGGAUCUGGCAGUAGCAGCAAAGGAUGCCAUGGCAGGUCAGCUGGAAAUGGUGAAGGUGAAAUACGAGGAGGCUGUGGAGGCCAGGAAAAAGGCAGAGUUUGAAAUUGAAGCCUUCAGACCGGAUGUAGAUGCAGCCACAUCCGCCCGAAUUGCCUUGGAAAAACGGCUGGAAAACCUGGAAGUGGAGCUUGAGUUCCUGCAGAGGAUUCACAAAAAGGAAAUCGAGGAGCUGAUGGCUCAGAUUUAUGGAUCAGUGGCUAAAGUAGAUGUGGCCUUCUCUUUGCCCGAUCUGGCAUCUGCCCUCAAACAGAUCCAGGCUCAAUAUGACAGUAUUGCCGCUCAAAACCUGCAGGAGAUGGAUGCUUGGUAUAAAGCAAAGUUUCAAGAUCUAAACAAAGCAACAUCACGGCACGUGGAAACAGCGAGGAGCGUCAGAGAGGAAAUCACAGCUUACAAGAGAGAGAUUCAGAAUAAACAGAGAGAACUGGACGCUCUUAAGAACAGGAAUGAAGCACUGCUGCUCCAGAUAAAGGAAGCACAGGAGAGACACAAGAAAGAGGAGGAGGAGCUACAGAUCCGUAUUGACACUCUAAAGGAGGAACUGAAGUCUAUUAAGGGGAAGAUUGCACUUCUACUGAGAGAAUACCAGGAUCUGCUCAACGUUAAGAUGUCGCUGGAGAUUGAAAUCACCACAUACAGGAAGCUGAUAGAGGGAGAAGACAGUCGCUUGUCCAGUAUGGUGAGCGGUCUGUCUCUCAUGAGCGUGAGCGCAGCAAUGGUCAGCGAUGUUUUUGGGGCAGCAGCAGCCCACAGUGGAGCAGUGAGCUCAGCUGCCUCUGAGAAGAUGCUCUCGAGCAGCACAACAGUUGACCACAACCAUCACGAGUCCCUGGAGGAGUUCACUCACGAGCAGGCUGUGGAGAUGACGGAGAGAAAGACCAUCCUCAUUAGAACAGUUAAGACAGACGAGGACACCUUUCAAAGCGACACACAAGAACGUACCAUCACUAUCUCUGGUGCUGCAGACGAGAACGAUUGAAUUAUGAGUCAUGAGAUCUCACUCCAAACCUCCAUAUAAAAGUUUAUUCAUUUAGAGUUGUUGUUGCUCAGAUCUCACACUCCAUUAUCAAAACCUGUGACAAACCAACGUCACAAAAAGUCUCUUUACAUUUGCUACCUGCUUUGUGCUUUGCCUAAACUGCUGUAACUGGGUGUAUUAAAAGUUUAACCAUGUGUCAACUGAUUCUUCGCAACAAAUAAAGUUUGAUUGCAUAGCA